CGGAAAAUUACCAAGCAGCGGCCGUGUCGUCCAUUGUGCGAGUGUGUACUGUUAUGGCGCUGUGUGCGUGAGGAUGAGUGCCGCACGGGACACAGGCGAGCUCGCGCGAUUCUACACGGUCACCGAUCCCACGACACAUCCAAAGGGACACACGGUGUAUAAGGUCACGGCCCGGAUCAUUUCACGGAAGAACCCAGACGACGUUCAGGAGAUCACAGUAUGGAAAAGAUACAGUGAUUUCAAGAAGCUUCAUCAAGACCUUUGGCAGACGCACAGGAACCUGUACGGCCAGUCAGAGCUCUUCCCCCCCUUUGCCAAAGCAAAAGUUUUCGGUCGUUUUGAUGACUCUGUGAUUGAAGAGAGAAGGCAAUGCUCAGAGGAUUUGCUGCAGUUCAGUGCUAAUAUUCCUGCAUUGUAUGGCAGUCAAUACAUACAAGAUUUCUUUAAGGGUGGUAAAGUGCAGGACUGCUCUGAACUCAUUGGUCCGGUCGAGCCCUUCUGUGAUUUUCUGGCUGACAGUCUGUUAGACAGCAGCUCUGAAGUUGAUGCAUACACUGUGGCCGCUGUGGAUGAUGGAAUGGCAUCAGGCUGCAUAUCUCCAGAGCUCAGCAGCUCAGAGUCAGUGACGUCCCUGAGCCAUGUGACAGUAGAGUCUGGUCGCAAAAGUGGUGCUGUGACCUUUGCCCCCAGUCUGAGAAACUGCACAGGGAGGAAGGAUUAUCUGGAGAAAGCCAGUGAGCAGAUUGCUUUGGCUGUACAGAAAGAGGUGGAGCAGGAGUUUGCAGCUGCAUUUUCAUACUAUCGGAAAGGAGUGGAUCUGCUACUACAGGGGGUGCAAGGAGAGGUGAGUCCCAGCAGACGAGAGUCUGUGAAAAGAAAGACAGCAAAGUAUCUGAUGCGAGCCGAACUCAUUUCUACGCAGCUCAGAGACAGUAUGGGCCAGAACUCCACUCAGAACAGGGUCAGUGUGUUGGGCACUCAGUGUUGUGGCAGCUCGUGGGCUGAUCAGGCUCAUUCAGAUGAACUUAAGCAUUACAGAGUGCUGGGAGUCAUUGAUAAGGUGCUGUUAGUGAUGGAUAAGAGAACACAUAAGACUUUUAUUUUGAAAGGUUUGAGGAAGAGCAGUGAGUGUGAUCGUGUUAAGAAGACUGUCAUGCCUCGCUGUGUGCCAAACAUGGUGCGACUGGAGAAAUUAAUUGUGUCAGAGGACUCAAUUUUUCUCUUACUUCAUUAUGCUGAAGGUGGUAAACUGUGGUCUCACAUCUGUAAAUAUCUGCACAGUACCAGUACAGAUGACAGCUGUGACAUCCCCUUCAUCCAGAGAGCUCACACCACAGCAGUCUGCUCAGCCUCGAGACCCCCGCUCGUUGGCUCCAGCAGCACAGAGUAUGCCGUGCCGCACCUGCCCCCAGUGAGCAGCCUUGCCGAGCACCCGUUAACCUUGACACAGCCCGAAUCUGCCAGCAGCUCUGAAGAAGAAUGCACCAACAGCUACCUGAAGCUGUGCAAUGAGUAUGAGCAGGAGAAGCUGGACCCCGAUGGACUAGGCAUGCACAACGAUGCUGAAGAUGCAGAGGAAGACUGCUGCAUGCUGAGCGCAGACAGUGUUGUAGUGGGGACGCCACAACUAAAUCACACAUAUUCGAUGAUGAGCAGCGAUAGCCUGUGCUCGCCCAUCUCGUCGCAGGAGUUGCGCUUCUUCACUGAGGAAGAGCAGUCGGCACACUCUGAUCUGUUCACACAAUCGCCUGACUGCCUCAACCUCUUAACACCCAUGGAAAUGUUCUGCAUCGACAGUAAAGAUGGCGCAAACGUCUGCAAGCAGCUGCUCGUACCCUCAGACGCAAGUGUACAGCACUCUGAGGAGCCAUUCGAUAAGGAAAUGAUGGAUCUCUGGCGGUCUAACGGCGAUUGCUGCUCAAACGAGUCCGUACCGGUGAUAUCAUUUAAAGAAGCUGUACUUGAAGAUGUCAGUGUCAGCUGUACUGACGAAGGACAACCUCCUGAUCUAUUAGUCAAUCUGCCAAUGGGCAGAGGAAGAGCGGUGGACAUUUUAGAAGAGGAGCUCAUCACAGGAGGCGUCACGUUUACCACAGGUGCCAAAACCUUGCCCACAUUUGGCAGGCCGGACGUUCUGCAGCGCAAAGAGGAAGCCGAGUUGGACAUGUCUGUUGAUAUUGCUACCAGUCAUCAAAAAGCAGCCUUUAAGAAAGACAUUCCUGAGUUCUCAGAUGCAUGGGAGGUAGAUAUUCCUGAUACUCUGACAGCGGUGACAGUGGUGGACUCUGACAGCGAGGCGAAGAAUGUGUUUUUUCAUGAGCUGGAUCAAUUGGUGCAGGUUGCAUUACAUGCACGCAUCCCUGAAGUUCUGGUGAGGAGCUGGGCUGCUGAUAUGAUUGUCGCUCUGGAUGUGCUGCAUCAGGAAGGAAUUAUAUGCAGAGACCUGAACCCCAACAACAUACUGCUAAACCACACAGGCCAUGUGGAGUUAACAUAUUUUUCAAGUUGGAGUGAUGUAGAUGAGUCAUGUGACCCUGACGGCAUAUCCAAGAUGUACUGCGCACCAGAAGUGGGAGGAAUCUGUGAAGAGACGGCAGCAUGUGAUUGGUGGAGUUUGGGAGCGCUAUUAUUUGAGCUCCUAGUUGGAAAGUCUCUAUAUCAGUGCCAUCCUGCUGGUAUUAGCAGGCACUCUUCUCUGAAUAUUCCAGAGUUUGUUUCUUCUGAGGCACGAUCGCUGCUGGAACAGUUAUUGCAGUAUAAUCCAAUGGAGCGGUUGGGUGCUGGAGUGGCCGGUGUGGAGGAUAUAAAGUCUCAUCCAUUCUUCUCUCAUGUGAACUGGAACAAUUAAACGAUCAGUCGCUUCACUGGAAACAUCUGAGCUGUUUGAAACAUCUAAAACAAUGUCAUAAAUACUGAAGUGCACGUUUAUUGGACAUACACCACAUUUUACAAAGGGCCUAUGAAAAUCUCAGCUACUCAAUUUUAUUUCAUCAUUUUCACUUUUCUGCAGUUCUGUUAACUGGUCAUUAUUUAUGAGGUAAAAUGGCAUUUUUGUAAAGGUUUUAUUGUAAAAGCUAGUGAAAAAAACUAAAUUCUUUGUAAAAAUGAGCUGAAUACAUUUGUUUGAACUAAAAUGUACCCAUAUAAAACUCAAAACCCAUUCAGAUGUCACUUUUUAAGGAUUCGAAAACAUUUUAUGCAGAGGUGUAAGUACUGCCUCCGCUAACAGCCUGCACACUAGACUUACUGUAUAUUAUAUACAGUAAUAUGUUAUAACAUCAAUAUAUAUUAUAUAAAUGUACAGUAUACACAUAUGAGAGAUCAAACAAAACUGUAUAUCAAAUAAUUUUGCUUGUUUUAAAUUUUGUGAUUACAAAAAGCAUCUGGCAAACUUAAAUGCAUGUAUGAACAGAUAUUUUUAGCAUUUGUUGUAGGGACAUUUAAAUAUGCAUGAUAUGUGAUACUGGUCAGUGGACAAGUAAACACUCCACAUUUACCCUACUAGCUCAUCUGAUGUUCUGUGUUUAAUAAAAACUCUCAAUGA